AUGCGCAGCUCGGAUGUUACCACAGCUGCUUUUCGUUACCGAAAACAAUGGGCGCUUUUGUUUUCCAUGGCGUACGUCGUCGGAACGUUGCUGCUGGUGUUCCUAACCACACCUAGCUUGGUUUCGGCGGAUUCGACAUCGGUCGCAGCCCUGCGGCAUGGUGGCGGUGGUGCCAAAGACACAUUCGGUUGGGAUGAUGCUGGUGACGAGGAGGAAGGAUAUUGUGCCCCGUACAACGGAAAGGUCUGCAAACGAUUUAUAAACAGCCGUCAGGUGUGGUAUAGCCGCGAGGACGGAACCGGAGGAUGGGAGAAUGAAAAAAUUACUACGGCCCUUUUCGAUGAUCUUAUAAACGAUCUACCCCAAUAUUGCCGACCUGCUGCGGAGAAACUACUUUGCGCGUACGCGUUCCCUCAGUGUGUCAUUAAAGAUGGAGCAACUAUACGAUUACCACUGUGCUACGAAGACUGUGUAGCGACUUAUCUUCAGUUUUGCUACAACGAUUGGGCGCUAAUUGAAGAGAAGAAAGAACGCGGCGACGUCAUUAAGUCUCGGGGCCACUUUCGUCUUCCGAACUGCGAAGAACUUCCCCGCUACAAUAAAACGGUCAAGCCACCCGUUUGUUCGCACGUCGGAUUGACCGAGCUGGUCCCGGAAGAAGUUACCUAUGACUGUCGGAUGGGAAACGGUCGAUUUUACCUUGGGACAGUAAAUGUAUCCAACACAGGCAUCCCCUGCCAGAAAUGGGAUUCACAAGAGCCACACUCGCACCAUAAACCUCCGUUGGUGUUUGCUGAACUGCAGGACGCAGAAAACUAUUGUCGGAAUGCGGGUGGCGAAGAACCGACCCCUUGGUGUUACACAACUGAUAAAACCGUUCGGUGGCAGGCUUGCGACAUUCCAUUAUGCCCAAACUCCACCGACGCUAGUGAUAUUCGGGGAAAGAUUGACAUGACCAUGGAAUCGGUCUUUACACCAUCGAUGAUCUUUCUUCUAUCGGGCAUCGGUUUCGUGGCGAUAGUUUUGCUGCAUCUGAUGGUGCUGCUGUGCUAUCGCGUGUCGCGUCAUCGACGCAAUCGGCGUCAGUCUGGUGCGGCUGGCUACAACACAGCGGCAACGCAGGAAGGUCAAGGAAUCGAUAUAAACAAGCUUCCUUCUAACGUAAACUAUCACCGGACGGGGGCACAGUUGAAUCCAAAGCUUGAAAAGUUGGAAUUUCCACGAAACAACAUCAUCUACAUUAAGGACCUUGGCCAGGGUGCUUUCGGGCGAGUUUUUCAAGCAAAGGCUCCCGGUCUGGUGACCGGCGAAGAUUUUACGCUGGUGGCAGUGAAGAUGCUCAAGGACGAGGCGAGCCAGGAUUUGCAAGUUGAUUUCGAGCGGGAAGCCUGCCUUCUGGCAGAGUUCGACCACCCUAACAUAGUGAAGUUGCUGGGCGUUUGUGCUAUCGGACGUCCGAUGUGUCUGUUGUUCGAGUUUAUGGCACGCGGUGAUUUAAAUGAGUUUCUUCGACAGUGCUCCCCAUUCGCGCAGCAAAACCGAGCAGAUAGCAUCAGCACCGAGCUAUCGCACGGUGAUUUGCUAAACAUUGCCCACCAGAUUGCGUCGGGAAUGGUAUAUUUAUCGGAGCGCAAGUUCGUUCAUCGCGAUUUGGCCACGCGCAACUGUCUUAUUGAUGACCACAUGGUAGUAAAGAUAGCCGAUUUUGGACUGUCCCACAAAAUCUACCUGCAGGAUUACUACAAGGGUGACGAGAACGAUGCUAUUCCGAUCCGCUGGAUGCCGCUGGAGAGCAUACUUUACAAUAAGUACACGAUCGAAUCAGAUGUGUGGGCUUACGGGGUGUGUUUGUGGGAGAUAUUCUCCUUUGCCAUGCAGCCGUAUUACGGCAUGACGCACGAAGAAGUGGUAAAGUUUGUGAAGGAAGGCAACAUGCUGGGGUGUCCGGAAAAUACACCCCUUACGGUGUACGAUCUCAUGCGCAAGUGCUGGUGCCGGAAGCCGAAUGACAGACCUAGCUUUCAUGUGAUCUACCAGAAGCUGCAGCAGAUACGGGCCGAUUUCGAUGGGAAAAUGCUGAUGUAG